CUUCUGCCUGUCAAAAUGCAGACUAUAAAUACUGUAUUGCAAUCAGAAAAAACCCUAGCUCUCUUCUCAGCGCUUCCGUCAAUUAUUUCCUUCAAAGGGAUGGCUCCAAAGCAGCCAAAUACAGGCCUUUCUGUGGGUCUUAACAAAGGACAUGUUGUUACUAAGAAAGAGUUGGCUCCUCGCCCUUCUGAUAGGAAAGGGAAAACCAGUAAGAGGGUUCAUUUUGUUAGAAGCCUUAUCAGGGAAGUAGCUGGUUUUGCACCUUAUGAGAAGAGAAUUACUGAGCUUCUUAAAGUUGGGAAGGACAAACGUGCUCUGAAGGUAGCCAAGAGGAAGCUGGGCACUCACAAGAGAGCAAAGAAGAAGCGUGAAGAGAUGUCCAAUGUUCUCCGUAAAUCGAGGGCUGCUGGAGGUGGUGAAAAGAAGAAAUGAGUCUUAACAUCUUCAUGAAAUAUUAGAUCCGGAAACUGCUUAGCCAAGAUUUAUUCUAGUAUCUUCUUUUUAAACCGAAAAUUUUGGCUUUAUCAUCUUUAAGCUUAUUUGGAUGUUGAAGCACCGAACACUGAGCUUUUUGUAAUUUGUUGUUUUAGAAUGAGAAUGGUUCGAAACUUUUUAUGUUUUAA